AUGGCCAAGCUCAAUGUGAUGAUUGUAUGCCUCGGCAACAUCUGCCGAUCGCCACUCGGCGGUGCAGUACUGGCUCACCUGAUCAAGACGAGAGGACUGUCAGCCGACUUUGAUCGCAUAGAGAGUUGCGGCACGGCAGGCUAUCAUAUCGGCGAAGAACCAGAUGAACGCUCGGUGGCUGUCUGUCGCAAGCACGGCGUGCCCAUCAACUCGCUUGCUCAGCAGAUCAACCCCCAGCAUUUCCAUGACUUUGACUGGAUUCUCGCCAGCGACAAGAACAACCUGAAGAAUCUCCAACGGAUACAACCGCCCGGCUCAAGGGCGCAGGUCGUCCUCUUUGGCUCCUUCGAUGACCAGCAACCGAUAGCCGACCCAUAUUACCAACGCGACGGCUUCGAGGCGACUUACGACCAGAUCCUGCGCUACUGCAACGCUUUUCUCGCUCAUCUUGGCUACGGCGAUGCACAAGCAAACCUAUAG